CGGGGCAGUGCCAGGCACGGCCUGCGGCCGAGGAGCGGCUCGGAACAGCGUCCCUGCCCUCAGCGACAGUGUCCCCGGCACCUGAGGGGCGCUUCCUUGGCACUGCCGGUGAGGGCUGGCCCGGGAUCCUCGCUUGGAUCGCCUCCAGCCUCCUGUGAGGGCAGCGUGAGCCGGACCUGUCCUCAGAGGGAAAGCGGUGGCAGACAGCACCGGGGAUGUGACCCAGGUAAACCCCCCGCGGCCUUGAUUUGCUUCCCAGCACACGGAGCCAGGGGCUGAAAGCUUCUUCUCAAGCAUGCAGUGACCAGUGGUGGCUUCCUGCCUCAGGAACCAGGAGAGAAUGCUCCAAUGGAGAGCUUCCAGAAAUCCAUUUUACUCCCCCUCAUCCUGACUGCUGCACUGCCAGGUCUGGGCUUUUGUUACUCCAUCACAAAAGGCCCUGAGAAUGCCACAGUCCUGGCUGGCUCAGAGGCCCGCUUCAACUGCACGGUGUCUGCAGGAUGGAAAGUGCUCAUCUGGCUCUUCCAGGGCAGUCCUGUCCUCACUGUCAUCAGCUCCCAGGGCUCUGUGGAAACCACAGAGCGCUUCACCUCCCACAACUACACCAUUGGGGAUGAGUUUACCUCGGAGCUGAUCAUCCUCAACACCCAGCUGAGUGACUCUGGCAGGAUUGAGUGCAGCAUCCAGCAACCCAGCGAGAACAAUUUUGCCUUUCUCUCCGUGCAAGUUAAUGGAUCUUUACUCAUCAAAAAUAGCACCUUAACAGUGAGAGAGAACCAAACAGUUGAGAUUGUUUGCGAAGCCUUAGGAUGGGCCCCGGCUCCAGACAUUACCUGGAUGACAAAUGACUCUUUGAUUGAUAAGUCGAGCUAUGUCACCCAGCAAAGCCCAGGAUCUCACGGCCUCCACAAUGCCCUGAGCACCCUAACUCUGACUCCGACGGACACAGAGCUUUUGACUUGUUUAGCUGACAUAGAAGCACUCCCCAGCCCUCAGAAUGCAACUGUAACUCUUAUUUUUGACAACUCUGCUACGGAAAAUGAUUACAGUGAAGACAGCAGGAGCACGUGGGUUAUUGUACUUGCAGUUGUGCUUUCAUUUCUUGGUAUUGUUCUCCUGGUCGUUGUUAUUGUGGUUGCUGUGCGCUGCUGCCUAAAGAGGAGAGGAUCCACUUACCAAAAUGAAAUAAGAAAAGUUUCAGCUGAGAAGAAAAAAGAUGGUGAUUUGGUAAACAGGCAGAGGAAUGGCAGUGAAAAUCUGGGAUACAUUCCAGAGGAGCUGUGGAACACAGAACAAAGCCCAGGACUUGCCUCUCUUCCCUCAAUGUUUUCAAAGUUUGCUAGCCCUGAUGACAAUUUGCAAAUCACUUCUGUGCCAAAGGUGCGACCUCAAAGACGUACGGAUUAUCUGAUCAGCCCAAAGAAAAUUAGGAACGUGACACUCGUGUAGGAUCUGCUUCUCCAAGAAGUUGUUUUUUCACACAUUUGGAUGCCUUCAUGCAAUGAAGAAAAGUUAAAACCAGUUCUCUCAGUUUUUGUUCUAAGUUAUUUUUAUUUUAUUUUAUUUUCUUUCAUCAUGCAAUGAAACAAAAUUGCAACGCAGCACAUGAUAUUGCAGCAAAAUAAUGGACACAAAUGACAUAAAUAGACUGCCCUAAUUGCCAGGACUGUGAGUUUGAUGGGACUGUGGAAGAUGAAUCUGUGUUUUGGGUCCCAAGGAAAUCAGCAAAACUCCUGUCAGACAGGAGUGUUAUGUUACAGCAAAAUCAAGGACUGGAAAUGGAAGAUAUUUAUUAUUUCAGAAAAACUGGUUAAUAAUAAUAAUUAUUAGCACAAUAUCUAUGCUUUUAAACACAUUUUAUGCACAUUUUAUAAUCUUGAGCAUUCAGAUCAACAACAUUUUUCCAUUCCUAUUCUGUAAUGAAAUCAAGGGAAGUUUUCAUGAGGGCUGCUUCAAAAUUUCUAGCAAAGCUAUCUUUGGAUCAGGAAUGACAUUUCUCCAUUUCAAUACAUUAUUUUAUAAGAAGUAUUUGCCUUAAAAUUCCAUUUCAAAAUAAAACCCAAUCACCCAUGUGCCAAAAAAAUCCUUUUUUAAAAAAAUUGAAAUUCAAAUAUCUUAAGCUGCAAAAUGUAGAUUUGAAACUCUUGACUUUGAAGAGUUGUUGCUUGAAUGUUUUACGUCUCUGUUCUACUUGUGGGCUGAGCUGUGUCACAGCAAUGGUGGCUUCUGGAAUUCAGUUUGAACAGUGUUUUUUCCUCAGGGAUAGAGUUGAUAAUGACCAUGGGAAAUGCACUUUAACAAAGCAGCUGCUCAGCAGAGCAGAUCCAGCACAUGGACCAUAUCUAAAAUUGAUGAAAUGUUUUGUCUGAAAUUCUGUAUUUCACAAUAAAAAAGUUGGAGCUUAU